CUUCAAUAUUGGCUUAAAAUAUACAAUAUCCCUCUGCCAUUGUCAACAAGAUGGCGUCCGCCAGGAAGACAGUUGAGGUUCCCUCAGUACUAACAGGGAAACCACCGCGGUCUAAGAAACGACCCCCGCCGCCGCCUUAUUACCUUCCAUUGAACGUAACACUCUAUGUGGGCCUCAUCUCUAAUGGAAUUGCUGCCUUUCUUGCACCCAUUCAGGAUUGCGAUGAAGUCUUCAACUUUUGGGAGCCCACACAUUAUCUUGACCAUGGGUACGGGCUCCAAACGUGGGAGUACUCGCCAGUGUAUUCAAUCCGGAGCUGGCUCUAUGUCACCAUCCAUGCCAUUGUUGGAAAAUCGAGCUCGCUCGCAUUAACUUCAAAAAGUUCUCAGUUCUAUGCGAUUCGCUUCUUUCUAGCCAUCACUUGUGCUGCCUGCCAGACCAGGUUAUAUGCGGCUAUCUGCCGAACACUAAGCCCCAAAAUUGGCUUAUUCUUUCUCAUAAUCAUUGCAUUCAGCCCGGGCACGUUCCACGCCUCCGCAGCCUUCCUCCCCUCCAGCUUUACGAUGUAUAUGUCCAUGCUUGGCCUCUCGGCCUUUUUGGAUUGGCGUCGUCAGAAAAUCGCGCAAGGAAUUAUGUGGUUUGGCGUCGGUGCGAUUGUAGGCUGGCCUUUUGCAGGGGCUUUGGUCGUUCCUCUAUUGCUCGCAGAAAUUACUGUCGGCUCAUUCUCAGGGUCCUUAGGGACUAUUAUCUCUAGGAUCAUAAACGGGGCUAUGGGGUGCCUGGUAAUUCUGGCUGCGGAAAUUGCCGUGGACUACGCUUUUCUUGGGAAGUUUGCUAUUGUGCCUUGGAAUAUUGUCGCGUACAACAUUUUUGGAGGAGACGGUAAGGGUCCUGACAUCUUCGGUACUGAACCCUGGACAUUCUAUAUCAAGAAUUUGCUUCUCAACUUCAAUAUCUGGUUCGUGUUUGCAAUGUCCGCAGCACCUUUACUGCUUCUCCAGGCCGCAUUCCGACCCCGUGCUACCAACAAGGAAACCUUGCUACGAACCCUUGCUCUGAUCACACCAUUCUAUAUGUGGUUUGCGAUCUUUACCGCUCAGCCUCACAAGGAAGAAAGAUUCAUGUAUCCUGCAUACCCUUUUCUUGCCCUUAAUGCGGCCAUUGCAAUCCAUAUGGUUCUAUCCUACGUUGGAUCUAAGAACCCAGGAGGGUCAAAUGGGUCCUUGUUAGCCAACAUCAAGCUUUCCAUCGUAACUGCUAUUGUUCUUGCCGCUAUCAACGCUGGCUUACUGCGGACUGUUGGUAUGAUCACCGCCUACAACGCUCCUCUGAAGGUGUUCGAGCCGCUCGAACGGCUGGACAUUGCCCAAGCGGGCGACUCGGUCUGUUUCGGCAAGGAGUGGUAUCGGUUCUCGUCCUCAUUCUUCCUACCCGAUGGCAUGCGGGCCAAGUUCAUCCGCAGUGAAUUCCGUGGUUUGCUACCUGGGGAAUUCCCCGAUGCUGCCGAUUAUCCCGCUCUCCUCGAUGGCGCAUCGCGGAUCCCAGUUGGUAUGAACGAUUUGAAUCAGGAAGACCCUGGAAAAUACGUUGACAUCUCCCAAUGUUCUUUCCUUGUUGACUCUUACUUCCCAAGUCGCGGGGCAAGCGCACUAGAGCCCGACUAUAUCCAUGACGACGCACAGUGGGAGGCGGUAUCGUGCAAGGACUUCCUUGAUGCUUCGCAAACCGGCCUUCUGGGCCGCCUGAUCUGGAUUCCUGAUAUCCCAGGGCUUCCCGAUAAAUUCCAGCGUAAAUGGGGACAAUAUUGUCUCCUCCGGCGGCGCAAUGUCCCGGCCGAGACGGACUAAAGGAUGUGCUAUCUAUAUGUACCAAUGUAAACAGUUCAGCAAGGUUUCUCUCAGUUUUGCCUCCAUUUGUAUUUU